AUGUCGAAGGCACUUGGGACGUUCCGAGCCGUCUACCUCGUAGCACUUUGCUGCGUAGGCUCCUUCCUCUUUGCAUACGACACUGGCAUCAUCGGCGGAAUUCUCACCUUUGAGGGGUUUCAAACUGACUUUCGAUACGGCCCAUCACAGAAGGCAAACGUCGGCUCUAACUCUACGAGCUUGCUGCAGGCAGGUGCCUUCUUCUCCUGCUUCUUCAUCUGGCCCUUCACCGCAAAGUAUGGCCGAAGAUGGUCCAUCAUCCUCGCCUCGACAAUCUUCUGCAUCGGCGCCGUGGUCCAAACGAUCAACACCCACUCCCUGGCGGCGUUCUACGUAGCUCGAGUCAUCAGCGGUGUCGGCGUCGGCAUGGCCACCGUUGUCAUCCCCAUGUACUCGGCCGAGAUGGCGCCCAAGAACAUCCGAGGCAUGCUCGGCAGCAUGUUCCAGUUCUUCUUCACAAUGGGCGUCAUGACAAGUUACUGGAUCGACUACGGGGUGAGCAAGCAUCUGAAACCCUCAACGAAGCAAUGGCAGAUUCCCGUCGGACUCCAACUCGUCCCUGGUGCGAUUCUGGGUCUGGGCAUGUUGCUCUGCAAAGAGAGUGCGAGGUGGUUGGCCAAGACUGGCAGAAGGGAGGAAGCCCUGCAAUCCCUUGUGUGGGUUCGUGGCGGCGAGAAUACGCCUGAGGUUCAGCAAGAGUUCGCUGAGAUCAUCGCCACCAUCGAGGAGGAGGAAAGCCAGAAGGAGGGUCUGACAUGGAGGGAACUUGUUCAGCCAACCAACCGUUACCGUAUUCUCCUCAUCAUCGCUCUUCAGAUUGAUGCACCCCAGGUCUUUGCCGCUGUCGGCGCCGGCCAAGAUAACCUCCUGAUUACCGGCUUCUUUGGCGUCGUCAAAGUAGUCUCAUGUCUUUUCUACCUCCUCUUCCUCGUCGAGCGCAUGGGUCGUCGAGGCUCUCUCCUGGCCGGUGCUUUCCUCAUGGGAGCGUACAUGCUCAUCAUCGCAUGCCUUACAGCCACCAACCCACCAAAGUCCGUUGACCAGGGUCUGACUUCUACUGCCAUCGCAUCAAUGACAAUGAUCUACCUGGAAGCCAUGUCUUACAACAUUUCUUGGGGCCCAGCGCCUUGGGUUUACAUGGGCGAGAUCUUCCCCUCCCGCAUCCGCGAAGCAGGCAUUGCCAUCGGCACAUCCACGCAAUGGUUGUUCAACUUCGUCUUCUCGCAAGCCACGCCACAUGCCGUCCAGAACCUCGGCUGGAAGACCUUCCUCAUGUUCUGCAUUUUCAACUGGGCUCUGGUCGUCUUUGUCUGGUUCUUUAUCAAGGAGACCAAGGGCAAGUCUCUCGAGGAGAUGGAAGCCUUGUUUUCCGGCAAGCCUGCUGGAAAUGAUACUGAAACUGCUCUCCACAAGCAGACCCAGGAUCCAGGGGUUCGUCGUCGCAUACAGGAUCGCGAGAAAGAAUGA